GGAGGGGGGAUUCGGGCUGUCGAGGGGGGGGGCUGUGUGAGGAAGCCCAGGGCACCCCUGAAACCCAAGCAGGGGCCCUGGGGCACUCCAGGCCACUGUUCGAGGCUCCCUUCCUCUCCUCCCUCCCCCCAGUGCCUACGGCGGCUCCUUGGCACCUCCCAGGAGCCGAGAGCCUUUCCAGCUCCCCCUUUAUCUGCAGCACCCCGAAACGUGCGUUGUUUCUCGCUGUUCUGCACCCCCUUUGCCCGUGACUCUCCUCCACGACGUUUGGAUUCCCAAGACGACGUGUUGUUUUUUUUUGUUUUGUUUUUUUGGUUUGGUUUUUUUUUUUUUUUUUGCAGGACCAGCUACCUCUCUUUAUCACCAUGUCCACCUCAGGGUCUCUCCUGUUUGCUCGCUCUGGAUUUAGGGACUCGUGAUAGAAAUUCCCGAGAGUGAAGCCUUUCUUCCUUUCUUGAGAUGCCUCCAUUCCCUCCACUCACUGUGCUUCUUGAACUGGGAUGAGAAACCUGAGGCUUAGGCCUCAGUCUCAUGCCAAACCAUGUGGAAAGGAAGGUGGUCUUCUUUUCCCAAGGGAGACGACUCGCAGAAGCAGAGAGGAGAAAGAAACUCGCGGCCUCUACCAUAAACACACAUGCAUUGAGAGUAAGCAUGAGGUUACGAUCCUGGGAGGACUCAAUGAAUUUGUAGUGAAGUUUUAUGGACCACAAGGAACACCAUAUGAAGGUGGAGUAUGGAAAGUUAGAGUGGAUCUUCCUGAUAAAUACCCUUUCAAAUCUCCAUCUAUAGGAUUCAUGAAUAAAAUUUUCCAUCCCAACAUUGAUGAAGCGUCAGGAACUGUGUGUCUAGAUGUAAUUAAUCAAACUUGGACAGCUCUCUAUGAUCUUACCAAUAUAUUUGAGUCCUUCCUGCCCCAGUUGUUGGCCUAUCCCAACCCCAUAGAUCCUCUCAAUGGUGAUGCUGCAGCCAUGUACCUCCAUCGACCAGAAGAAUACAAGCAGAAAAUUAAAGAGUACAUCCAGAAAUACGCGACGGAGGAGGCACUGAAAGAGCAGGAAGAGGGCACCGGUGACAGCUCGUCGGAGAGUUCUAUGUCUGACUUUUCGGAAGAUGAGGCCCAGGAUAUGGAGUUGUAGUAGAAAAAGCACCUGCUUUUCAGAAAGACUAUUAUUUCCUAACCAUGAGAAGCAGACUAUAAUAUUCAUAUUUAAACAAAGCAAUUUUUUUUAUUACUAAACAAGGUUUUUAUGAAUAAUAGCAUUGAUAUAUAUAUAUUAUAUAUCACCCUUUAGAUCUUGAUUUCCUGGUCAUUUCUCAACCUGAGGUGCAUAGCAUAUCCCCACAUUCCAUUUUGGUAGCAAUAUGCGGUCCGAAUGCAUGCAUUCAUAAGUCCAUUUGGCCAAGUCAGCCUGUGUGCUACUGAACUGUCGAAAGAAACAGCCGCUCUGAUAGAUAGACGUGAGUAAAAGUAACAGGAAAAAGUGGCUUCUUUUAUUGAUGGUUCCAAAGACACAAACCAAACCAACCAGCUCUUGGACGUGAAGAUAGAAUAUAGUGCUUUUUCAAAACGGUCGGGAGGAACUGGGCGGGGAGGAAGGCCUGCACCUGCUGUGGGAUCACCUAGAGCCGCCACGGCAGAUCCCCAACCGCUCCUUCCCGGGAAGCCUUGGUGGCCCCGUUUCCGCGGAGCAACAGUUUAAAACAGGGAGCUAAUUGGAGUAUUGAAACCUAACAACAAUUUUUUGACUCUGGAUUUUAAGUACAUUUUUAUGUGUAGAUUCCUGCCCUUCUCGCUACCAGGCCCCGCAGCCGCAAGUGUUUUGCUUUGGAGAACCUUUUGGAAGUGUUUUCUGAACCUGAUUCUUUUUCUUGGGGGUAGAGCUUAUAAUCCAUACCUUUAUGAGAGGACAGGACAGGAGGAGAAGAGAAGUUGUUUCGUCUCAUCCAACACGUGCAGAGUCACAUCCCCAUCCUGUUGGCCACUUUGGGACUGCUACCCUGGACUGAGAGCUUUAAAUUGGAGGGUGGUUGUGGGUGUUUUUAUGUUGUUGUUGUGGUUGGGGCUUUUUUUUUUUUUUUUUGGGUGUGUGUGGGUGUGUGUGUGUGUGUGUGUGUGUGUGUGUGUGUGUGCAUCGUGCUUAGACAAGGUGCAAAUUUAAUCUUCACCAAGAGAUGGCCUCCUCCUUGGGCAGCCACUCAGUGGACCAUUAGACUCGCAAGAAGACCCGUCUGGUGGCUGUGACUCCUGGGUGCUCUCGUUCAUGUUUUGGGUUUGUUUUCUCUUCUGCUGCCGCUCUUGGCAGCGGCCUGGUCAUCAUCUGCUUGUGGGAGUGGGAAACGGGUAUUUUAGACCCAACACACAUUCUAAAUUUAAAAUGAGUAAUAAUUGGAACAAAUAAAGGUCCUUGUACCCAGAGUGACUCUGCAUGGGGAAAAAACCCGCUGUUUUCAGAGUGUGACUGGAUAGGAGGGAAGAUUCGGAAAUGCGAUGUGGUAGAACAGGUUUUGAAGGAGGAAAAUGUUCUCUCCUGUAAGCGUUAAGAGGAAAUCAGACAGUUGAAAAUGCCUGCUAAUCAAAUGUUUGCUCAGCUAACCAUAGGUCCAGGUUGCCGGCAGGGUUUUCUUCAAACAGGAGUGUUGCCUGCUGAAUUUGGAGAACUUUAGACAGCAAGUCUGUAUCCCUUUUUUGCCACAACCAAUAGGACAAUAGCAGAAUUAGCCAAUCCUAAAACUUUCUCAAGACAAUUUUUGAGUGUCCCACCGGGAUGAUUUUUCUUUCUGAUGUGUGUCUUAGUUUAGAAGUGCUAACUAUUUCACAAGGUUUGAGUCCGUGAGGUUGGAAGAUACCCUAUCUUUUUUUAUUCAAAAGCACAAUCAGUCUUUUCUUUAAAAAGCUGUAUGAAGUACAACUUGCUCUUAGCAUGAUUAUUUUCCUAAAUAAAAGACAAAGAAUUUACUUAUGUUAAUUACGGGCAUGAAGCAAAAGGUUUCCUUAAAAAAGACAUUUUUUUUUUAAAGUGCAGUUACGUAGGGCUGUGGUUAGUUAACCGUACUGAGUUAUCUAUCUAGCAUUUGUGGCUUGUUGGAGGGGUAGUUAACUAUUUAACAUGGAAUGGUGUGCUUUAACUCUUUUCUAGCGCGUUGUCUUCUCAUUACUUUGGGGGAGGGAGGGUCUCUGCUGGCACUAACCUGCUUACCUGCUGAAUUAGCAGCUUGCUUGUGCUAUAACCGUUUAAAUUGUAGGUGCGACUUAGGGUAGGCUUUAAAGUGCUGGGUGGUGAUUUGAGUUCAAACAAUAAAAAAUUGUAUUUUUUCAAUAUUGUAUAAACAAUAGUGUUCUAAUUACCUUUCAAAAAAAAUAAUAAUGUCCAGAUAAUAAUUGCUUUUAAUCUUGUCAAAAAAAAAAAAAAAAAAAAACAAAAAGCUAGUGGAGCCAAGUUUAGGGGAAUGUGUGUGAGCCACAGCUCUGCUCCCCAACUAGAUCCGCUUUUCUCGAAUAAAAAGACAUCACCGCUCCCCGCCGACGGAGCGCUCUGGCACUGGGAGCCUGGUGGCGUGGAAUUCUCAGACGAAGACGGGUUGGGGAGGUUGCAGGGCUUAAGGAGCAGAUCUGAGUGUAGCAUGGCUGUAGCAUGUGUGCGUGUGUGUUUGUCCAUCCAAGUCUGUCUGAUGAAGAUGUGAUGAGGCUCCCUGUUAGCACACGGAGGCUCCUGGAAUUGCUACCCAAAUCACGCUGUACCCUCUCAUUCUGUGCAAAUCUGUCCUUUCUGGGUGCUCACCUUGGUCCCGUGCAUGUUUUGGGCUCUGUGUGGGGCUUUCCCUCUCCUCCGAGAAACCGGUUUUUGAUAAGUCGGACAGAAUCCCUUUCUAUGCUAACUUUUGUCCCUUCCUGUACCUGGGAGAGGGAGGCUGGAGGUGGAGACCAUGCUUCUAGGUGCAGCGGGAGCUAGCAGGAGGCCUGGCUGUGAAUCAGGGGACUCUGGGCCCCCAGUAAUAGAUGAGAUGCAGUAAGGCAGGGGGUGUCACGGCACCAAAAGCUUUUCCAGGUUUCCCAUCAUAAUGCUCAGAAAAGCACCCAGAGCCCCUCAGAAAGGCUGAACAUUAUUGCUUUUAAAGGUGGUGGUCGUAGGUCGGAGUUGCUUCUGGCAGGUUCCCUCCCUUUCUUAGCGUACCCAUGGUUCAUUUUGAAGUCUUACCUUGUGGUUUGACCAGCGCAAGCCAUCCUCUGCCCCUGUUCAAAUGGCCGAGCUCAAGCUCGCGCCAAAAGCGACGAGCGAGGUGGCCGCAGCCCGCAGCACGUGACCGCUGCCGUCCUGCAGCCCCAGCGCGGGGGCCUGGUGGGUUGCAUUCAGUGGUAGCCAAGCUAGAUGCUGGCAGUUUGCUCGUGUGUUUUCAACCUUCUCGCCCUCCCUGAGGUUCCUGUGCGGUUUCAACCAGCAUUUUAUACUAGUGAGAUCGUUACCAGAAGUUGCCAUAUCUGUCUCCAGUACCUAACAUUGUUCUUCCACUUGAGAAGCCGUUCUCAUUGCCAACUGGCUGAUCUAGGCUCCUGAGGAGUGUCUCCCCUCGAAAUGCUCUCUCAAGCCCUGGUCGGCCUUGGCCUGACACUUGCUUUUUAUUAGGCCUCCUGUUAUGAUGGCUGAGAAUCAUGAAAGACAGGUCCUCUGCUAGCCUUCAUGGGUGAAGUUUCUAGACCCCAGCUUUCUGGGAACCGGUGUUUGAUUUUGAAUGGCAGACGGCCCUUCUAUGUUCUAGGGACUCAAUUAGAAGAGUGAAAGCCAUUAACAAAAGUUAGCAAGAGUUCUUUUUUAUUUCAUCAACUUCCUAACCGGGUUCAUAGCCGCCUUGACUAAAAUCAAAUCCUUUCUGAUUGGGCGCAAAGACCUGCAUUUCUCUGGACUUCUGAAUCCAUGUUCCUAUUUUCUCUGGCCACCGAACACCUUGGUGGUUCCGUCAGGGAUUGGCGUGGAGGCCCCUUGGGGAGGGGGAGUUAGCGGCCCUCGGCUGUUCAGGUUCUCCACGCAACCUGACGAGGGGCCAGGACUCCAUUCAGCAAAUACUGUCUUGGCUGUGGGCUUGGGAAGAAAUGGCCAUUAUUUACUGAUUGUAUUUGGUACAUAUUGUGUGAUACUUGAAGAGAUAAAAGGGACUUACCAGCCCUUAAUUGAAAUCUAAGCUUUUUAUCGCUUAUUUUUUUCCUUGCCCUAUCUCCUCCCUUCCACCUUUUUCCUUGCAUUGUGAUGAUCUAGCGGGCACUUCUGUCAACAGGACAAAUGCCUCCUCUGACUAUAACCUCUUAAUAGUUGUGUAUAAUGAAAACUGUAAACUUUUUUAAAUAAAAUGUGUAUAUACCUUGGCAAA